AGCUAACUGUCCCGCUGCAAAGAUCGCGGAGAUGGAGGACCGACCGGCUAUCCCAUACCCGUCCUUGCGACCGGAAGAAGAGGACAAGGAAGAUGCCAAACAGGCGAAAGAGGUGGUUGCUGCGAUGCAAACCAUGCUCGAUCGUCCGGAAUUGCUAGAUGUCACAUUUGUCUGCACGGCGUCCAAAGAGGUUCGGGCGAAUCGGGCGUUGUUGGCAGGCAGGAGCGAGUACUUCUCCAAAAUGCUUUAUGGGGACAUGAAGGAGGGUUCCAUGGACAGAAUACCUCUUCCUGAGGUUCAGGCAGACAGUCUGCAGACUGUGAUCAGUUACCUGCAUGGGUGUCCCCUUAGGUGGAAACCUGACACCUGCUGGGAGGGCGUCUUGGACACGUACAUGCUCGCAGAGCAGUAUCAGGUGAACAGCUUGUGCGAAAGGGUCUUGCUGUGGGUGUCUAGGCUUGGUUAUGCAAGCGAACUGGGGGAACUACUGAACGCCGCGAUCCCUAGGCAAGCAGACGACAUACUGAAAAUUGCUCUGACGGUAAUGAAUGACGUCCUUGUCGUGGAUUCAACGACAUUUCGAGGGUGGAGCAAGGAGAGCAUCGUGUACUGUCUAGACAAUGCUCGCUUCCAUCCGAACGUAACAGAAACGCUGGUCGCCGAGGCCGUGCUGUCAGCAGUAUCCGAUACUACCCUUCUCGUUGACAACGAAGAGACCAAGACCGCGCCAGAGCAGCCAGAUUCACCGGCAGCUGAAGAACCUAUGGAUUCUGUCGCGCCGGCGGCUGGAUCUGAGAAAGAAACGGGCGUCAAGGACAGUGAUACAGCAGCAAGAAAGGUUUUACCAUCAGGUGAGGACGUGAGAGCGCCGGAGGUGGAAGAAGUUUCACCAGCCAAAGAAUCUAUACAUCAUGUCGAGUCAAGAGAAACCUCUGAAAAAGACGACGGUACUGACGAGGAUUGUGAUGCAGCAGAGAGAGAGGUUGUGCUAUCGAGGAAGGAUGUGGAGGACAUAUUCAAAGGUCACAUUAACCUUCCUUCGAUUGAAUCCUCCUUUCUGCAGGAGAGGAUAGAGCCACUGCGAAUCCUACGGCUGGAGGCACUCCUUGCAGCCUACAGAGUGCAGGGCAUCUGCUUUACCAGGGGAGUGCCUCCCAGUUCUUUCUUUACAAUGCCAUGGCGAUCCAUGUGUCACAAACCACCCUUCGCACCUGUGGAAACAAGGAAAGGUGGAAUUCGUAACGCGUACAAUAAGGUCUUAUUUCCGUCCUUGUGGUCCAUAAGGAAUGAAAAAUGCGAGAGUUUAGAAGAGGUACCACAGCGGGUGGUGCGGUCCGAUACAAAGUAUGACGGUCUCACGAUGAUGAAGCUACACUUCGUAGCGGCAAGCAUAUCUGGAGAGUGCGGGUCCUGACAAAAUUUCGCCGUUGUUACGUGGGGGUUGUUUCAUCAGCCACCAAGGGACUCGCAGACCUUCCAACGAUG